AUCAACAAUUUACUUCACUGACUGCUACUGUGUAAAAUGCAAUGAGAAUAUGCUACUGCUAGAUUUCUCUCCAGUUAAUUACUUUAGCAUGUUUUGAAUCCACAGUCGAUCAGUUGCUUUAGAUAGACAAAAAAAGCUGGAGUAACUCAGCUGGUCAGACAGCAUCUCUGGAGGAAGGGAGUAGGUGACGUUCCUUCUUCAGCUGCCUUGCCUCUUCUUCAGCUACUUUGUUUGGUGACUCAGGGACACUGGCUGUCUACUGCAGAGGGAUCUAGAUAUGGAAGGAACCAUGAACACAACAGGGUCACCACUGUGGAAUAUGACUGAGGAGGCCUUAAAUGUGAUAGAAACAACAAUGAACUCCAGUGAAAACCAUAGUUUGAUUAUAGGAGCAGCUCUCAAGGCAUGUGAUGCCUGGCACCCAGUUCAGAACUUCAUCCUGCCUCUCGUCUACCUGCUGGUCUUGUUCAUCGGGCUCUUCAGCAACUUUAUUGCACUUCUGAUCUUCCUGCAGAAUGCCAGGAAGAUUAAAAAAGCAAUCCGAGUGUACCUGAUUAAUCUCACUCUGGCCGACAUCAUGUUUAACGUCACCCUGCCGUUCUGGGUGGUUUAUUAUUUUAAAGGCGGAGACUGGGUCUUCUCUGAGGCCAUGUGCCGGAUGGCAGGAGUGUUCUACUAUGUGGCGACGUACAGUGCCAUCACCUUUAUGAUCCUCAUUAGUAUCAACAGGUACUGCACAGUUCAAAAGACAAAGCUCCCGAUUCCUUUGAAUGAUCCGACUGGAUCUUUGUACACCUCCGUCUUUGUGUGGAUGUUUUGGGUAGCGUGUGGCAUUCCCGCAUUGCUGCAGCAGCAAACAACAAGGUGGGGGCUUCACGCCACAAGAUGUUUUGAAGAACAAUCUGAAGGAACGACUUAUGUGUACGCAUCUUUCAUUUUCUUCCUCAUAUCCUUCUUGUUUGUCAUACUGAGCUACGUUUCAAUUAUGAAAGCUCUUUCCUCCCAGAGGAACAUUCUGCAGGGCAUGCAUCGGAGGAUGGCUAGAUCAAUGGUGCUGGGGAUGCUCAUUGUGUUUUUGGUCUGUGUUUUACCCUACCACCUUUCCCUCAUCCCCUGGGAGUUAAGCAAGGCAAAUACCAAGGGGACGCCUGGAUGUGCCCCUCUUAAGGGCAUAGAUAUAGUGCACAAAUUGAAUUUGGCUUUGUUGAGCAUGAACAGCUGUGUUGACCCUAUCAUCUACUGCUUCUCCGUAAAGAGGUUUCGCAGAGAGUUGAAGAAGAUAUUCAGAAAACUGGCCCUGCGUCUGCCGUUUCAGGCACACACAAUUGAGGCAUCAGAAACUCAAAUCAGGUCAAAUUCACUCACUACUUCAUAAACGUCAGGCAGAGAGUAAAUGGUACAAUAUCUUAACUUAUGUGUCAACAGUCUAGUGCUUUCACAUGGACACAAAAAAUGCUGGAGUAACUCAGCGGGUCAGGGAAGACCCUUCUUCAGACUGGUAGUU